CUAAGGGAAGGGCUUCCACCGGAGAUCAAGGGAGCACAAUCACAUGCUCGCCGUGCCCCUCACAAGCCCCAGCUCCGGAGUUACCGGGGCUACCCUAGGUGCGCGUGAGCGGGCCCCUCCCUCUCGCGGCCGAGCCCAGGCGGCGUGGCGGGCGGGGCGGUACAAAAAGCGAUCCCGCCCCGCGCUCCUCACUUGACUUUGAGUGUCCAGCGGUCGCAGGAGUCCGGAGGCGGCUCGUGGGGCAGCCUGGGGUCAGCCCACACCCCUCAUCAGGAAGCACCAUGUGGCGAUGUCCACUGGGGCUGCUGUUGUUGCUGCUGCUGCCUGGUGAGUCGGCCCUGGGUGCCCGGCGGGGUCGCUGGCGCCGGGAGCUAGCACCGGCUCUGCACCUGCGGGGCAUCCGGGAUGCAGGCGGCCGGUACUGCCAGGAGCAGGAUCUGUGCUGCCGUGGCCGCGCCGACGAAUGUGCCCUGCCCUACCUGGGUGCUACCUGUUACUGUGAUCUCUUCUGCAACCGCACCGUCUCCGACUGCUGCCCUGACUUCUGGGACUUCUGCCUCGGCGUACCACCCCCUUUUCCCCCUAUCCAAGGAUGUAUGCAUGGGGGUCGCAUCUAUCCAGUCUGGGGAACCUACUGGGACAACUGUAACCGUUGCACCUGCCAGGAGAAAGGGCAGUGGGAGUGUGAUCAGGAACCAUGCCUGGUGGACCAAGACAUGAUCAACGCCAUCAACCAGGGCAACUACGGGUGGCGGGCUGGGAACCAUAGUGCCUUCUGGGGCAUGACCCUGGAUGAGGGCAUUCGCUAUCGCCUGGGCACCAACCGCCCACCUUCCUCUGUCAUCAACAUGAAUGAGAUUCACACAGUGCUGCUCCCAGGGGAGGUGCUGCCCACAGCCUUUGAGGCCUCUGAGAAGUGGCCCAACCUAAUCCACGAGCCUCUCGACCAGGGCAACUGUGCAGGCUCCUGGGCCUUCUCCACAGCAGCUGUGGCAUCCGAUCGUGUCUCAAUCCAUUCUCUGGGGCACAUGACACCUGUCCUGUCACCCCAGAACCUGCUGUCUUGUGACAAGCACAACCAACAUGGCUGCCGCGGUGGGCGACUCGAUGGUGCCUGGUGGUUCCUGCGACGUCGAGGGGUUGUGUCUGACCACUGCUACCCAUUCUCGGGCCGGGAGCGGGACGAGGCCGGCUGCAUGAUGCACAGCCGGGCCAUGGGUCGAGGCAAGCGCCAGGCCACUGCCCGUUGCCCCAAUCACCUUGUCCAUGCGAAUGACAUCUACCAGGUCACUCCUGCCUACCGCCUCGGCUCCAGUGAGAAGGAAAUCAUGAAGGAGCUGAUGGAGAAUGGCCCUGUCCAAGCCCUCAUGGAGGUGCACGAGGACUUCUUUCUGUACCAGGGCGGCAUCUACAGCCACACACCAGUGAGCCUCAGGAGGCCAGAGCGAUACCGUCGGCAUGGGACCCAUUCUGUCAAGAUCACAGGGUGGGGAGAGGAGACUCUGCCUGAUGGAAGGACGCUCAAAUACUGGACGGCUGCCAACUCAUGGGGCCCAGCCUGGGGCGAGAGGGGCCACUUCCGCAUCAUGCGUGGUGCCAAUGAAUGUGACAUCGAGAGCUUCGUGCUGGGAGUCUGGGGUCGCGUGGGCAUGGAGGACAUGAAUCACCACUGAGGCUGCAGACCACACCAGACCAGCCAGCAAAAGAGCCCCUUGUGGGGUAGCAUCCCCCUGCUCUGCCUGCCCGCCUACCAGAUGGUGCUAUGGGUGCAGGCGGGUGCCAGGGUCCUAAUCCCCAUGGGUUCCGCUGACACAGCGCCCAGCCUGGGAGCCGCGGGCAGGCGAGGCUGGUGGAGCCCCAGACCUCCCAGCUGGGAUGGGCAGAGCCUGGCCUGGGAGGAGCCAGGCUGCAGAUCCCAGGCCCACGGCACCCCCACGCAAGACCACCAAAACCAGGACACCCCCAAGUCUCCAGCCCCACUACCCCACCCCACUCCUGUACUCUUAUUCUCCAAAGAUAUUUAUUUUUCUUUUCA